AAUCUUAAACCCUUAAAACCCUCAAGGACCUCCACAGCAGCAGCGAAUCAAAGGAGAAAGCAACAAUGGUGAAAGCGUACCUGAGGUACGAGCCGGCGGCGUCGUUUGGUGUAAUAGCAUCGAUAGAAUCGAAUAUCGCAUAUGACAACUCCGGGAAGCACCUUUUCGCUCCGGGGCUCGAGAAGGUCGGAGUUUGGCAUGUGCGCCAAGGCAUCUGCACCAAAACCCUAGUUCCUUCUACUUCGUCUCGCAGCGGUCCCUCCCUCGCUGUCACCUAUAUUGCGUCUUCUCCUUCCUCUCUGGUUGCCAGUGGGUAUGCUGAUGGUAGUAUAAGAAUUUGGGACAGUGACAAAGGAACCUGCGAGACCACAUUGAAUGGACACAAAGGGGCCGUCACUGUUCUAAGGUACAACAAAUCUGAUGGCUCAUCGCUUGCAUCUGGAAGUAAAGACAAUGAUAUUAUACUAUGGGAUGUGGUUGGUGAGACUGGCCUUUUUCGCCUUCGUGGGCAUCGAGACCAGGUCACUGAUCUUGUUUUCUUGGAAUCUGGUAAAAAACUUGUCAGUUCCUCCAAGGACAAAUUUUUGAGAGUUUGGGAUCUUGAAACACAGCACUGUAUGCAAAUAGUUAGUGGCCAUCACAGUGAAAUUUGGUCAAUUGAUAUUGAUCCAGAGGAAAGAUAUUUGGUAACUGGUUCAGCAGACCCAGAACUUCGAUUUUACAUUGUUAAGCAUGAAUUGGUUGAUCAGCAAGGCACAUCAAAUGAAAAUAGAGUCGUAACUAUGCACAAUGGAGAUUCAUCUACUCAAAGUAAGUGGGAAGUUUUGAAGCUUUAUGGUGAAGUUCAGAGACAGAGUAAGGACAGAGUUGCAACUGUGAGAUUCAACAAGUCGGGAAAUUUGCUUGCCUGUCAAGUGGCAGGAAAAACAGUAGACAUAUUCCGUGUAUUAGAUGACAAUGAAGCAAGGCGUAAAGCAAAGCGUAGGGUUCAUAGGAAGAAGGAGAAGAAAUCUGCAAAAGAGGCAGUUGAGUUAACUGAAAUUACAGAUCCCAAACUUAUAAGUGAAGAACAUGGAGGAGCACUCACUGUUACAGUCCCUGAUGUUUUUAAGCUGCUUCAAACUGUUCGAGCUAGCAAAAAAAUAUGUUCCAUCUCCUUUAAUCCAACUACUCCUAAAGACUCCUUGGCCACUUUAGCAUUGUCUUUGAAUAAUAAUUUAUUGGAAUUUUAUUCUAUUGAAAGUAAUUCUGCUACCAAAUCAUUAUCCAUUGAGCUCCAGGGGCACCAUUCUGAUGUCAGAAGUGUUACACUUAGUUCAGAUAAUACUCUUUUGAUGUCCACAAGUCACAAUACAGUAAAGUUUUGGAAUCCAAGUACUGGUUCUUGUCUUCGAACAAUUGAUUCUGGGUAUGGACUGUGCGGCUUGAUUGUUCCUCAUAACAAGUAUGCACUUGUUGGAACUAAAGAUGGAAAAAUAGAAAUAAUUGAAAUUGGGAGUGGCACUUGUAUUGAGGUACUGGAAGCUCAUGGUGGUUCAGUGCGGUCAAUUGCUGCCCUUCCAAAUGAAAAUGCUUUUAUCACGGGCAGUGCAGAUCAUGAUGUUAGGUUCUGGGAGUAUCAAGUGAAGCAGAAACCUGGUCAAGAUACUAAGCAACUCCUGGUAUCAAAUGUGAGAACUAUGAAGAUGAAUGAUGAUGUUCUGGUGGUUGCCGUUAGCCCUGAUGCUAAAUAUAUUGCCGUUGCACUUUUGGAUUGCACAGUGAAGGUUUUCUUCAUGGAUACACUUAAAUUUUUCCUUUCGUUAUAUGGACACAAACUGCCUGUGCUAUGUAUGGAUAUCUCAUCAGAUGGAGAUUUGAUUGUUACUGGUUCAGCAGACAAAAAUUUAAAAAUUUGGGGUUUGGAUUUUGGUGACUGCCAUAAAUCUCUGUUUGCUCAUACUGAUAGUGUUAUGGCAGUACAAUUUGUGCACAAUACCCAUUACAUGUUCAGUGUUGGGAAAGAUUGCCUUGUAAAAUACUGGGAUGCUGAUAAGUUUGAGCUGCUUUUAACUCUUGAGGGACAUCAUGCGGAUGUUUGGUGUCUUGCAAUCAGCAACCGUGGUGAUUUUGUUGUCACAGGAUCUCACGACCGAUCAAUACGUCGCUGGGAUCGUACUGAAGAACCAUUUUUCAUUGAGGAGGAGAAGGAAAAAAGAUUGGAAGAAAUGUUUGAGGCUGACCUUGACAAUGCAUUAGAAAACAGAUAUGCACCCAAGGAUGAAUUCCCAGAGGAGGGAGCUGUGGCCUUGGCAGGAAAGAGAACUCAAGAAACCCUUACAGCAACUGACUUGAUUAUUGAUGCAUUAGAUGCAGCCGAAGUGGAAUUGAAGCGCCUUGCUGAGCAUGAGGAGGAGAAAACCAGGGGAAUAGUUGCUGUGUUCCAACCAAACCCUAUUAUGCAGGGGCUUGCUGCAUCUGAUUGUGUUCUUCGUGCAAUUUCAAAUGUUCACACCAAUGAUCUGGAGCAGACAUUAUUGGCUUUACCAUUCUCUGAUGCUCUGAAGCUGCUUUCCUACUUGAAGGAUUGGGCCUCAAAUCCUGAUAAGGUUGAGCUUGUUUGCAGGGUCGCUACUGUGCUAUUGCAGACGCAUCAUAAUCAGUUGGUUACUACCCCAGCUGCAAGAGCUGUAUUGACUGUUCUCAAGGACAUUCUUUAUGCAAGAGUAAAGGAGUGCCAGGAUACACUUGGCUUCAAUCUUGCAGCAAUGGAUCAUUUAAAGCAAUUAAUGGCUACUAGGUCAGAUGCACUCUUUAAAGAUGCAAAAACAAAAUUGCUAGAAAUCAGGUUACAGCAGUCUAAACGGUUGGAAGCAAGGACAGAUACAAAAGAGGAGAAACGGAAAAAGAAAAAGCAGAAGAAAUCAAAUGGCACACCUGCUUGGGCAUGAGUAAUUAAGCAAGAGAAUUUCUAAGAAAUGGAAUAGUUACAGUAAAAUCACAGAUUACACUACGAAAGCCAUAACCACAUUCCACAAGUACAAAAGAAUUUUGUUUGCUAGAGAGAUAAAUAGCUGGCAGAUAUAUUAUUUUGUGGGGCGGAGGUGGCAGUUUUGGCAUAUUAUUUAUCGAAAAAUACUCAUCUUAUUCUAAUUGUAAAAUUUGUAGUGGUGUUUUGAGCGAAAGGAAUUUUUCAGUUUCCCAUGAAAUGGUGAAUGUGAAUGAUUAGUGUGAUUUUUA